GACAGAGACAGGGGACACCUAUAAAGCUAGGUGUUAGUACAGGUGAAAUGGCAACACUGAAGACAUAUCUGACUGGCAAAGAUGGAGCGGAUUAUCCUCUUGUGCGUGGUUUCCACCUGUAUCUCGGCCAUACACGCUCAGAAAUUUUUAUUCAGCCCAAAAUGGGGCCCCAUCGGCUUUAAAGAACGUGAAGAGCAUGGUGAUAGGACAGCAAUGGAUGAAAUCAUAAAAGCCAAUGAGUUUCAUACUUCUCGAAUGAUAGACGGCACUACCAGUCUCAGAGAGGGAGACAUUGCUGUUACAGCUGGAAGGCGCGCCAAAGUCUGCUUCGCUCGUAGCUGCCUCUGGUCUAAGUCAGUGGAUGGACAUGUCUAUGUUGCAUAUAGGCUCUCACCUGAUUACUCUGAGACGGAGACAAAGCUGAUAAAGAAAGGGAUGGAAAACAUAGAGAAAGGUACCUGUGUGCGGUUUGUUCCUCGGACUCACCAGCGAGACUACAUCGACAUCCAGCCAAAGUCUGGGUGUUGGUCCUACCUUGGUUCGCGUGGUGGAAGACAGACCGUGUCUCUCCAGAGCCCCGACUGCCUCCGGAUUGGAGUGAUUUCCCAUGAAUUCAUGCAUGCCCUGGGCUUUGUGCACGAGCAGUCUCGCUUUGACCGGGACAACUAUGUCACCAUCAUGUGGCCAAACAUUUGGAGGGAUCGGGUAAGGAACUUUGAGAAAUUCAAGACGGACAGUCUGGACCUACCAUACGACUAUGCCUCAAUCAUGCACUUUGGGAUGUACGCCUACUCUCAAGAUGGAGAGCCAACCAUCGUUCCUAAGAACAGCAAGAACAUAAAGCUGGGCCAGACUUCGACUCUCAGCCACAUUGACAAGCUGAAAAUCAACAAGCUUUAUCAGUGUGGUGACGCGGAUGAUUACUAACCAAACUGAACUGAUGUGAAACAGGAAUGUACUGAAAUCUAACAUAAUAAACUGAUGCUAAAUCAUGGAGACAAUUUCAAUAAAGAUUGAUUCAAGCUUUC